UUGUGGGUAGGCGGAAAAAGGCUCAAAAAGUGACGCGAAAUCGACGGGCGCACGUUGCAGAGCCCCUGAAGAAUAAAACAAAUUUAAAAAGUCCUUUUUGAAGACAAAAUCAAGGAAGACAAUUGAAAAUGUCCAUCGGCGUGCCAAUUAAGGUUCUGCAUGAAGCAGAAGGACACAUCGUGACCUGUGAGACCAACACGGGUGAGGUCUACAGGGGCAAGCUGAUCGAGGCUGAGGACAACAUGAACUGCCAGAUGUCCAAUAUCACAGUGACCUAUCGUGAUGGCCGGGUUGCACAGCUGGAGCAAGUCUACAUCCGUGGCAGCAAGAUCCGCUUCCUGAUCUUACCUGACAUGUUAAAGAAUGCCCCUAUGUUAAAGAGUAUGAAGAACAAGAACCAGGGAUCUGGUGCAGGAAGGGGCAAGGCAGCUAUUCUCAAAGCACAAGUGGCAGCAAGAGGCAGAGGCCGUGGUGGAAUGGGAAGAGGCAACAUCUUCCAGAAGAGGCGAUAACUACCACAUCUGUGUUAAGAUUUUUGCAUUGUAUAGUCUUUGUUUUUCUUAUUUUGUCUUCUUUGGAUCGGAUAUCUUAGAUAUUGUUUGCAAUCCUAUGCUUUGCAGUUUAUUGCUCUAAUUUCAUUUUUUAUGAAAAUAAACAUUUUCAAUUUGA